UAAACAAAUAAGCAGUGCGCAAUAUGUGGUAAAUAAUUUGAUUACAAACGCACUCAACUAAACAACAAGGAUAAAAGCACCAUGAAAGAAAACAACAACAAACGAAGUAAAAUAUGACAAGUGCAUUGCCCUGGCGUUACAACUUCAGUUUUAAUCAAAAUUUGCUUAGUGCAGUAGUAUACAAUUAGGGGUAUAUUAACCAAACAAUGCCUCUUCUGCAGGCUGGAAUGUGUCCGUUACUGACUGAAAGUAUAGUUGCAAAACUAGCUUCUCAUGGAGUAAAGAGAGUAUUGGAUUUUAUUUGUACGGAACCAAGUAAAAUUACAUCUCAGUGUGAGGUUCAAUAUAAAACUGUUUUAUCGAUACGACGUGUAUUGCUUGCUGAAUAUUCAUCAUUUCCCUUGAAUGGUUUGAAUCUAUAUGAAGAAUCAAUUGCUACCCUUUCAAUUCUUUCAACAAAUUGUACAGAGUUGGAUGAUCUUUUAUCAUCUGGUAUAUUUACUGGAGAAGUGACAGAAAUCUGCGGUUCAUCUGCAGCUGGAAAAACACAAUUAUGCACGGGGCUUGCAAUCAAUAUAGCUGCCUCGUUAAAGCAAAAUGUGAUAUAUAUUGACUGCAGCUCUGGUUUUUCCCCAGAAAGGGCUGCUCAAAUGAUUAAAACAAAUUUUGGUGAGACGUUAUCACAUAUUAGAGUAUGUAAAUGCACAUCCACUUAUCAUCUCCUUGACAUAUUAUCAAUGAUUCGUGGAAGUUUAAACUCACAUGAUACUGGCUUCACCUUAAACUUGAAAGCAAUUAUAAUUGAUUCCUUAUCAGCUGUUUUACUCUCUGAUUUAAAAAAUUUAUCAUAUGUUGAAGGACAAUCGCUGGCAACAUCAGUAAAAAAAGAAAUUAAUGCCAUAGCGAAAGAUUUUACUCUAGCUGUUGUAGUUACUACAAACACAUAUUUUAAUAUUGAUUCUGACUCUUCUCCAAAUGCUGGAUUUGGUCAUUCGUGGAAUUCUGCUGUAGCGACGCGAAUAUAUUUAUCCAAAUCUAAUGUUUUGAAAAAUGUAAAUGAUAAUUUAAUAGAACCUGGAUCUAUACAUAUUAAAGUUACUGUGCUCAAAUCUCACCAUGCAAAAAUAGGUGCUAGUAUUAACUUACAGUUAACUGAAAAAGGUUUUUGUCCACUAUAGCAGUGCUGCAUAUGAAAAUGUUUGCUAU